GCGUGGUUAAAGGAAAGCAGAUCUACUCUAUGGCUUGUGGUAUUGUGUAGUGGCACAGUUUUGACACACCUGACGGCUCUCAACAUCUCUUCAGUCUAUUACCAAGAUGCAGAGGUGGGCUGUGAUCUGUUGGGCCCUCCUGGCCCUGGUUGGUGCUGAAGAGUGUCCAGACGGAGGGAGAUGUGAAGCAGGUGAAACCUGCUGCCAUGAUCCCAGGAAUGGCUAUGAGUGCUGCCCCUUUGAACAGGCAGAGUGCUGUGGGGAUCAUGACCACUGCUGUCCUGCACACACGAUCUGCAAUGCAGCCACAUCCAGCUGUGUGAACGCUACCGUGUCGAUCCCCUGGGUGGAAAGAACCUGCGCUGAUCAACCUAGACUUAAAUCUUUCAGGAUGAUCAAGGCGUACAUGGGGGAGGAUGAUGACAACAUCUGUCCUGAUCAGUCACGGUGCCCUGCUGAGUUUUCUUGUCUGAAGGCCUUGACAAGGUUUGGCUGUUGUCCCCUAGCUCAGGGAGUCUCCUGCUCCGAUGGGAAACACUGCUGUCCUGAGGGCCACCAGUGCAGCGUAGACAGCCGUUCCUGCAUCAAAAAAGAGGCUGUGACAACAGUCUUGUGCAAAGAUGGAGUGUCAGAGUGUCCAGACGGUAGCACCUGCUGUGAAAAUCCAGAGGGAAAGUGGGGGUGCUGUCCACUUCCACGGGCUGUGUGCUGCAGUGAUAAAGCUCACUGCUGCCCUGAGGCGACCACAUGUGAUCUCGCACACUCUAAGUGUAUUUCCCUAUCUACCAAAAAAGAGAUGCCAAUGUGGGCCAAGCUCCCAGCCAGGAUCAGAGCGGAGUGGGAGAAUCAAAAAGAGGGUGACCAUGUGACUGCACAAACGGUUCAUGAAGCUGGAACAGAAAAAAUCCCUCAAGUCCCCACAGCCAAUACAGUUUCUUCUUCUGUGGAGUCAUCUGUUACUAAGGCAGCUGGCGCCAAUGGUGUCCUCUGCAAUGCUACAACAGCUUGUCCCAAUGGCAACACCUGCACCAAAACUAAAGAUGGCUCCUGGGCAUGCUGUCCUCUACCUCAGGCCGUCUGCUGCGACGACCAUGAACACUGCUGCCCUACUGGCACCACCUGUGACCUGGACACAUUCACCUGUCAGGGCACCUCAGGCUCAGCACCCACGAAUGAGAAGAUCCCUGCAUUUUCUACUGCGGCACCCACUACAGUUUCAACUACAACCCAGGUAUCCAGCACAACGCAGGAGGAGAAAACGAUGGUGCCAGAGGUGCAGGAGGUAAUGGAAGAAACAGAGGGCAGGAUUUCUUGUGGCCCUCACACCAGUGCUAGCUGCCCUGAGCACACCACCUGCUGCUUCAUGGAAGCGUCUAAGAGGUGGGGCUGUUGCCCACUGCCUGAGGCGGUGUGCUGCGCCGAUGGGAACCACUGCUGCCCCACUAACUACAAGUGCAAUGAGGGUGCCACGUCAUGUAUCAAAGGGGAAGUCGUGAUCCCGUGGUACACCAAGAUACCAGCCACCAUCAGCGUCCAGGACGAUCCCGUCUCCGUGAAGUGCAGCAGUGUGGAUCAGUGUCCCACAGACACCACCUGCUGCCAGCUGUUGUCGGGCAAGUGGGGCUGCUGCCCACUCAAAAAUGCUGUGUGCUGCCAAGAUAUGGAGCACUGCUGCCCUCAGGGUUUUGCCUGUAACAUCGUCUCCAAGUCCUGUCAGAAGGUCAUCAUGCUGCAGCUGGAGACCAUCCCUUUGACACCGGUGUAUCUAUCUGAGUCCCAAGCCCAGGUCAGCCCAGGGAAAUAUGAAGACGUCCAGUGUGACAAUGAGACCAGAUGCAAAGACGGAGAAACCUGCUGCAGGACUUCCGCCACUACCUGGGGCUGCUGUCCACUUCCUAAUGCGGUGUGCUGCAGCGACAUGCAGCACUGCUGCCCUGCUGGCUACACCUGCUCUGGCGCAAGCUGCACCAUGAACACAGGGCUUGGCUGGGUCGCGCCACAGACCCAGCUCAUCCCGUUAAAACAAAAAGAUGUCCCGUGUGACGAUAAGACCAGCUGCAAAGACGGCCAGACCUGCUGCAGGGCUUCCGCCACUACAUGGGGCUGCUGUCCACUUCCUAAUGCGGUGUGCUGCAGUGACAUGCAGCACUGCUGCCCCGCUGGCUACACCUGCUCUGGCGAAAGCUGCACCAAGAACACGGGGCUUGGCUGGGUCGCGCCACAGACCCAGCUCAUCCCGUUAAACCAAAAAGAUGUCCCAUGUGACGAUAAGACCAGCUGCAAAGAUGGCGAGACCUGCUGCAGGACUUCCGCCACUACAUGGGGCUGCUGUCCACUUCCUAAUGCGGUGUGCUGCAGUGACAUGCAGCACUGCUGCCCCGCUGGCUACACCUGCUCUGGCGCAAGCUGCACCAAGAACACGGGGCUUGGCUGGGUCGCGCCACAGACCCAGCUCAUCCCGUUAAACCAAAAAGAUGUCCCAUGUGACGAUAAGACCAGCUGCAAAGAUGGCGAGACCUGCUGCAGGACUUCCGCCACUACAUGGGGCUGCUGUCCACUUCCUAAUGCGGUGUGCUGCAGUGACAUGCAGCACUGCUGCCCCGCUGGCUACACCUGCUCUGGCGCAAGCUGCACCAAGAACACGGGGCUUGGCUGGGUCGCGCCACAGACCCAGCUCACCCCGUUAAACCAAAAAGACGUCCCGUGUGACGAUAAGACCAGCUGCAAAGACGGCCAGACCUGCUGCAGGACUUCCGCCACUACAUGGGGCUGCUGUCCAACUCCUAAUGCAGUGUGCUGCAGCGACAUGAAGCACUGCUGCCCCACUGGCUACACCUGCUCUGGCGCAAGCUGCACCAAGAACACGGGGCUUCCCUGGGACUGGUGGUACAGAUCACCUGACAACAAAAAAAGAGCUCUAAUUCUGUAAAACAACAACAACAACAAACAUAGCUGACAUUAUUUUCUGCAUGCAUUAGACAUGCCUGAUAUAAGUGGACAGCUACCAAAUACAGAUCAUUGUUAUUCAAAGCACAACAAAGGGUACAGUUGAAACACUCCAUAGGUAACAUGGUUUUAAUUACUGUGUCAUCUGUUUCUGUGCUUCUGUUCUUCUGCAGUUGUCUGGUUUGCAAAUUGCACUUCAUUAUCAAUAAUCAAUAAACAGCUGUGCUUCUUUUGUAAUUCUGAAAGUGACAAACACGGGCUGCUGUGAUAUUCCACCUCAUAAACAGUUGAGUCUGAAGUUGAACUGUGUGACCUUCAUAAAACUAUAUGUAUAAAUAAAAAUAAAAAAAAUAUUUUGUGGCUUCAUAUCUAAUGGAUAAUUAUCUUUUUCCCGUCUGUUAAUUUAAGGCAGAAACCAAAUAAUUCAUGCUUGGUGCAACUUGACAUUUGAAUGUGACAGAUGUCUCUGCACUUCAAAUGAAACCAAUAAACAAGGGAUGACAACAUUAAAA